AAUAAUUCCUCCGUGCCACGAAUUUGAAAGAUAAGAACUUGUGUGAUAAGAAUUUAGGUAGAAUUAUUACUAGUUUUGGAACUCUUAAUGACUGAAAAUGUCCACGCAAGACAAAUAUUCUAUCCUUUUACCUACUUACAAUGAGUGUGAAAAUUUACCCAUCAUCAUUUGGCUCAUUGUUCAAACUAUGGAAAAAAGUGGCUUUGACUAUGAAGUUAUUGUUAUUGAUGAUGGAAGUCCAGAUGGCACUCAAGAUGCAGCUAAACAAUUGCAAAAAAUUUAUGGUGCAGAUAAAAUAGUCUUAAAACCCAGAGAGAAGAAAUUAGGUUUAGGUACUGCUUACAUUCAUGGCAUGAAACACGCAUCUGGAAAUUUUAUUAUUAUCAUGGAUGCUGAUUUAUCACAUCAUCCAAAAUUCAUCCCUAAAUUCAUUGAAAAACAAAAAUCAGAAGAUUUUGAUGUUGUUUCCGGCACUCGAUACAUGGGUGAUGGUGGUGUUUACGGUUGGGACUUCAAAAGAAAGUUAGUGAGUCGUGGUGCCAAUUUCCUGUCACAGUUACUUUUAAGACCAGGUGCCUCUGAUCUAACUGGAAGUUUCAGAUUGUAUAAAAAGCCAGUUCUAGAAAAAUUGGUAUCUGCUUGUGUCUCUAAAGGCUAUGUCUUCCAGAUGGAAAUGAUAGUCCGAGCCCGACAGUUAGGAUUCAGUGUUGGUGAGGUACCCAUAACAUUUGUGGAUAGAGUUUAUGGCGAGUCUAAGCUGGGAGGCUCUGAAAUAUUCCAGUUUGUGAAAGCUUUAUUAUAUCUUUUUGCCACUACAUAAUGAAUGAGCUGUCGAAUGGUUAAAACAUUCCUCUGCAUUUAUUUACUUUUGUGUGUGUCUUCUUCUCUGUUUGUUGUAAGACUUUCAUUGGGGGAACAUCGUUUUGUUAUAUUAAGGAACACUGUACAUUUUUGUAAAAUACACCCAUAUUUUUUUUUAAA